AUGGGGUGGUGGAUCCUCCCCGUUCUGGCCCUCGCUGCUUUCCGGCCCACCCAUGCGAAGGAAACCACCUGCGACGGUGUCUGCGGAAGACGUCCCCUGGCGGGCAGCAGUAACCUCCGGGUUGUGGGCGGCAGCAACGUUCUGCCCGGAACGUGGCCCUGGAUGGUCAGCUUCCAAAUCACUACUUAUAAGGGAUACUUCAGUACCUGUGGAGGCUUCCUGAUCAGCCCUCGAUUUGUCCUCAGCGCAGCCCACUGUUUUGAGAACCCAAAGGAAAUACCAGGAAUUACCAUGUCGAUUGGCGCAGUCCGCAUCUCUGACCCCGGCCCUGAUGCUCAGAGGCGCAGUAUCAAGAGGCUGUUGAACCACGAGUUCUAUGAGCACGUCUUCAACGAAACCUACAGGAAAGUGCACAACGACAUUUCUUUGGUGGAGCUGAAUGAGCCAGUCAACUGCACGGACUAUAUCCAGCCAGCCUGCUUGCCGGACGAAAGCGUGGUGGUUUCCUUGCUCAGUCACUGCUACGUCAGUGGUUUUGGAAUCAUGGACGCGAAAACGAAAGAAUUGCCCGACAUCAUGCAGGAGGGUCCUGUUGAUCUCAUCCCCAAGGCGACUUGCAGCAGCCCGGAGUGGUGGUACGACUAUAUCCUCGAGGAGAACAUCUGUGCUGCACAGACGGAAAGAUCAAUUGCUACUUGCCAGGGCGACAGCGGUGGCCCCCUCAUGUGCCGGGAGCAGAGGUCUGAACGCUACUGGGUGGUUGGAAUUUACAGCUGGGGACCGCCAUUCUGCGGAGAGGCAAAGAAGCCAGGGGUCUUCGCCUCCACGCAGUUCUAUCUCGACUGGAUCAGGAAGAAUACCAAAGAGGACUUUUCCCUAGCCAAACACCCACCGCUAAUGACCUUGGCCACCCCCCAAGACUACUCCCCAGAGCCGUCCAACAGCCUGGCCCACCACCAGACCAUGGCCACCCCCCAAGACCACCCCCCAGAGCCAUCCAACAGCCUGGCCCACCACCAGACCUUGGCCACCCCCCAAGACUACUCCCCAGAGCCGUCCAACAGCCUGGCCCACCACCAGACCAUGGCCACCCCCCAAGACCACCCCCCAGAGCCAUCCAACAGCCUGGCCCACCACCAGACCUUGGCCACCCCCCAAGACCACCCCCCAGAGCCAUCCAACAGCCCAGCCCACCACCAGUCCUUGGCAACCCCCCAAGACCACUUCCCAGAGCCAUCCAACAGCCUGGCCCACCACCAGACCUUGGAAACCCCCCAAGACCACCCCCCAGAGCCCUCCAGCAGCCUGGUACACAACCAGACCUUGGGGACCUCCCAUGACCACCCACCAGACUGUUCCCAUGUCCUGGUCCACCCCCACACCCAACUCCCAUUCCACACGGUGGCCCAGAGGAAAACAUGUCAGGAGCUUUGUAUGGUUCAUGCCUCCCGGAACGAGGCCCACGGGACUGGGCGCCUCGACUCCCCCCCAGCCCCCUAUCUGGGGCCUAACUGCUCCUCCAUGGUCCAUGCGGCCAGGAAGGUGGCACCCGAGGACAAGGGCCCCAGCUUGGCAUGGGCAGAUUUACAGGCCAUGGGUCACGAUUAG